ACAUGAAAAAUAAGCUUUUGGUUCCUCAACUGCGUUGCCCACUCCAGGCAGCAGAUGGCGAUGUGCGUCUUUUAGGUUCAGGCGAUGCUGCCAGUGUGACGUAUAAUCUAGUGGACGGGACGCUCCUUCAACAACAACAGUUAGACACCUCGGUAGCUUUCUAGCAAACAUAGCUACAACAUUCACGCUCUUUACACUGUUUUGGUGUAUAUUAGUCGCUGUGUUUUAAACACACUUCUGUCGUAUGUGCUUGUUGGCCCAUUUAAUUAUAUAAUUACGUUGUUUGUCAGCUAGCUGGUUUGCUAAAUUAGCUUAGAACUAGGCUAGUCGCUAAUGCUAGCUAGCGAACAUCCCCGACCAUGAGUUCACUAAGCUACUCUCCUCCUGCUAAAAAAGAGGUCUUCUGGACGGAGAAAGAAGCUCUCCUGAAAGAGGAGGAGGAACAGAAGGAUGUUACAAUACAAAAACAAGUAGAGGGUGAGGCUGUUACCGUGAAAGAAGAAGAGAAAGACGUUUCUGUGGAAGAAAAGGAAGACGCGUUCAGAGUGAAAGAGGAGGAGGAUGUUACAGUAAAAGAAGAGGGGGCGGAGAGAGAGGAGGAUGGGGAGAUGACUGUCACAUCGAAAAAGGAGGAGGACGACGAAGAGGAGGAAACUGGACAUCUGGGCCCGGUUUCCCAAAGGCAUCUUAAGGCCUCCUAUGGUUCUGACGGUGAACUUAGCCGUAAGAUGGUUUUGAGAAACCGGGCCGUGAUUAACACUAGAGAAAGACGUGACUAUCGUGGAUCCUCUGGGGAGCCUCAACAACAUCAUGAAGCUGACGAGGCAGAGAAGAGUCCCUCCCGAUCAUAUCACCUCAAGAAACACCAGAGGAGACCCACAGGGAAGAAAUCUCACUGCUGCUCUGACUGUGGGAAAGGUUGCAAAUCUUCAUCAGAACUUAAAAUACACCAGCGAGUACACACAGGAGAGAAAUCUCAUCACUGUUUUGAUUGUGGGAAGAGUUACUUAAGAUCAAAUUCACUAAAAGUACACAUGAGAAUUCACACUGGAGAGAAACCUUAUAGCUGUGAUCAAUGUGGAAAGAGUUUUACUACAUCUAGCCAUCGGAUUGUACACCAGAGAACACACACAGGAGACAAAUCGUAUAGCUGUGAUCAAUGUGGGAAGAGUUUUACUCAGUCAAGCAGCCUCUUAUCGCACCAGAGAAAACACUCAGGAGAGAAACCUUACAGCUGUGAUCAAUGUGGGAAGAGUUUUACUCAGUCAAGCAACCUGGUAUCACACCAGAGAACACACACAGGAGAGAAACCGUAUAGUUGUGAACAAUGUGGGAAGAGUUUUACUACAUCCAGCCAUCUGAUUGUACACCAGAGAACACACACAGGAGAGAAAUCUUAUAGCUGUGGUCAAUGUGGGAAGAGCUUUACUACAUCUAGCUAUCUGACUAUACACCAGAGAACACACCCAGGAGAGAAAUCUCAUAGCUGUGAUCAAUGUGACAAGCGAUACUCUGAUAAAAGAUCUCUGAUCAAACAUCAGAAAAUACAUACAUGAAGGAGUUGUUUCAUGAUAUCAAUGAAAUUAUGUCACAAUGUAGAAUGUUUUAGCAUUGUAGUAGGAGUAUUUUUAUGAUGUCACAAUGUAGAAUGUUUUCACAUUGUAGUAGGAGUAUUUUAAUGAUGUCACAAUGUAGAUUGUUUUCACAUUGUAGUAGGAGUAUUUUAAUGAUGUCACAAUGUAGAAUGUUUUAACAUUGUAGUAAGAGUAUUUUAAUGAUGUCACAAUGUAGAUUGUUUUCACAUUGUAGUAGGGAGUAUUUUAAUGAUGUCACAAUGUAGAAUGUUUUAACAUUGUAGUAGGAGUAUUUUAAUGAUGUCACAAUGUAGAUUGUUUUCACAUUGUAGUAGGAGUAUUUUAAUAAUGUCACAAUGUAGAAUGUUUUAACAUUGUAGUAGGAGUAUUUUAAUAAUGUCACAAUGUAGAACACUAAACGUUUGCCCCCUGUUCAGUUGAUUUCAGCAUGAUAUGGAUAUUAGCCUCAUCAGGGGAAAAAUCCAGGCUCUCAAUUGAAAGAGGACUAUUUAUGUGAUUUAACAAAAAGUGACUAACAAAAAAAGAGCUGUGUUACACUCACAGCAUUGGUGACCCACUUGAAUCAAAAUGUAGCUGACUGUCUUCUGCAGGUUGUCCUCUAACCAGUGAGGUAAAAUAUAUCUCCCAUUUCCAUGUGUUUGUUUAGUCGUGUUAGUUUCAACAGCACGUACAACCUGAUUUCCCCCUAAUUGAUCAGUGAUUUAUUGCUACUUGUCAAAACAACAGCGUUUCUGGUGCUUGUGCAUUUUAAAAGGUGCUUGUUUUAAAAAAUACAAGUAAUAUGAUUAUUGUUGCAGAUGUUUGUGCAGAUGGUAUAUUUGAUGUUUAGGUUUUCAAUAUCACAAAUGGUUUCUGCAUAUUGGUUAUUGAUUUGGACACUUUAAAACUGUGUUUUGACAUUGGGCUAUACCACCUAGCUAAAUGUAAUUGAAAAGACGUUGAAAAGAAGACUAUACCCGACGUUCAAUAUAUGUUUGGUUUUAGUUGAAAGUUUUAAAUAUUUAUUUUCGGGUUGUUGUUAAGAUGACUUGAAAACAACUUAAUUUCAAAGUUCUUGCAGUCUAUACACAUUAACUGUUGUGGAAAAUAUUGAAUCAAAUAUUUCACCAAUACCGGAACCUGUGAAUUCAAUUAGACUUUAUUACAAACAGUAACAAAGCCAAGCAAUUCCAUGGAAGAACUAACUCUUCAUUCUUAGUACUUGGCUUUUAUACAGUUUGAUCUUUACAUAACAUUCUAACCACUACCCUGCCGCCCCAAUAAUACACUAAAUACAUGUAAUAUAGUCUAUACAGUCUGAUCCUUACAUAACAUACUAACCACUAGGCUACCCUGCCGCCCCAAUAAUACACUAUAUACAUGUAAUAUAGCCUAUACAGUCUGAUCCUUACAUAACAUUCUAACCACUACCCUGCC